AUGGACCUGCACCGCCUCCCCGCUGCCCGGGAGAAGGGCUGGUACCUGGCGCUGAUGGCACCCAACGUCAAGGGGCCCAACUACGCCUGGCUCGACCCGUCCCGGCUGUACUGCCACCCGCAAGGCUUGCAGGACUGCGUGGCCGACCUGCUGCAGCCCUUCCGCGGGGACCACAUCGACCUGGUGGCCGGCAUCGACGCCAUGGGCUUCAUCCUCGGCGCCGCCGCGGCCGCCGUGCUGCACAAGGGCUUCCUGGCCAUCCGCAAAGCCGGGCACCUCUGCGUGGAGACACUGGCCCAGCCCUACACCGACUACUCCGGGCGCCAGAAGCUGAUGGAGAUCCGCACGGAUGCGGUGGCCCCAGGCCUCCGCGUGCUCCUGGUGGACCAGUGGGUGGAAACCGGCGGCACUAUGCGAGCUGCCAUCGAGCUGGUGGAGCGGCUGGGGGGAGUCGUGGCAGGCGUCGCCGCCGUCUGCAUCGAGGACAGUGAGGGCGGGCGGUGGAUCCGGCAGCGCUACAAGUGCGCGCACUGCGUCCCGGCGCACCUGCAGCCCCGCUUCGACCGCCACCAGCUCGCCUGGCCCUGA